AUGAUGGGUGCUCAUUCCAUGGCUCAGUAUAAGGAGCUUUGCAAGCAUGUGAAGUUGAAGCACCCUUCAGCGAAACCUCGUGAAGUUGAUCCUGCUACUGCAGAUGAGUGGAAAAGGUUUGAAUGUGAGAGAGAGCGGCAGGAUGCCAUCAGCACUAUCAGGUCCAUGAACCCAGGAGCUGUGAUCAUGGGGGAUUAUGUCCUUGAGUUGAAUGGUGGUGGCAACAACCAUUUGCCCUCGGAUGGAGAUAACUUUGACUUGGAGGAAAGGCUCAACUUCUUCACAUCCUUAGAUCGUACUUUGAAUGAGCGAAUUGACUUGUAUGACUCGUCAGAUAGUUUGGAUGAGGGGUUUGACUUCUUGGCAUCCCUGUUUACCCAUGGCAGGAGAAUCUCUACUGGAGGUCCAUUUAGCAGGGCUUAUAGAAGACAUAGGGAGAGGCCUAGACGAUCAACGAAUUCUGUUGAUGCUUCUGACAUUCAGCAUGAGUCAGUUAGCACUCAAAGGGGACAGCGUGCUGUUCGGGCUAUAGGCAGAACUUCACGGCGGCACCAUCCUAUGGUGGCUCAUAUAAGGCCUACACGAGGCAGCUGA